GUCAAUCCAGAGAAAAUGAGGGUGGUGAUCGAGAUGCAGCCCCCUACGAAGGUGAAGGAGGUGCAGAUCCUAACUGGUCGAAUAGCAGGCCUGAGUCGCUUUAUUUCCAAGGUAGCUGAGAAGAGCGGGCCCCUAUUUAAGACACUCAGGAAGAGCUCAAAAUUCCAGUGGACAGAAGAAGCCCAGAAAGCAUUCGGGGAGUUGAAUAGGGUACUGGUCGACCUACCGCUAUUGGCGAAACCAGCGCAAGGGGAGGACUUGGUGUUAUAUGUAUCCAUUAGUGAGACAGCAGUGAGCUCUGUGUUGUUGCGAGAGGAAGGGACAACCCAAUUUCCAAUAUAUUAUGUGAGCAAGGUGAUGCAAGGAGCGGAAAGGAGGUAUUCAGAAAUUGAAAAAGGAGCCUUGGCAGUGGUGGUAACAGUAAGGAAGCUAAGACCAUAUUUUUUAGGACAUAAAGUGAAGGUCCGGACGAAUAUGCCAUUGGAAGAAACAUUGGGUCGACCCUCCGUAUCAGGGCGAUUAGUCAAAUGGGCGGUCGAGCUAAGUGAAUACACAAUUACUUAUGAACCAAGAAGGGCGAUUAAGGCUCAAGCACUGGCUGACUUUAUUCAAGAAGGGACGAAGGAGAGCGGGGGGUCUGAAGGGGUGUGGCAAGUGUUUGCGGAUGGAUCGGUGUCAAGGGUAGGAGGUGGCCUAGGUAUCGUACUUAUGUCGCCGAAAGGUGACAGCUUGGAGUUCGCAGUGAAAGUGGCCUACCAGAUAUCAAACAAUGAAGCGGAAUAUGAAGCGGUCAUUAAAGGACUCAAGCUGGCCUUAAAUGGCGGAGCUCGAGCAGUGCAG